AGCGCUUUCAUCUAACCAUUACUUGACAUGCUGCGAGCUGAUUGGUCAAGAGGAGAUGACGUCACGCCCUCCAGUCGAUAGACCACGCCUUUAUGAUAACAGAGUCCGGGCCGGCCAAUGAGCGGCCCGUUUGGUCCCUUGUGGGCGGGGCGCGGCCGAGCGGAGGGCAGGGGUCUCGCGUGAACAAGUUGUAACACACAAGUCGCUCCUCUCGGCACGGCCAUUUGGCGCCACCAUGAGUAGCGGCGGGGCUUUACCUGGUGUCAUGGCCGCCCGGGUCAGUUUGGUGUGACGGCUCGAUCCUGCCGCGUCUUGCCGUGACCUGCUGUGACCUUAUCGGGGCCCCUCAGCUGACCCCAGUGCCCGGUGAACGAGUGUCUGCGGCGCAUGGCCCUCACCACGGCGGAGCCAGGCCAGGCGGCGGCACCGCUGCCCCGCGCCCCCGCCCACACCUUGGACCUCGACGCCCGCCACCGACUUGAGUCCCGGCACAGGGACUUUGAAAAUUCGUUCGUCUCCGAGAGGAAGUACCCGUACCCAGAGGCACCGCCGCAGGACACUAAGUUCUCGCUGGAAGCUGCCAAGCCCGCCGUCGAGCUGGCCGCCGAGCUCAAGAGGUCUGAGGCCGCUGCCAAGGUCGCGCUGGAGAGGUACGAGGGUAGUGUUGGCGGUGGCGGUGGAGGCGGCGGCGGGCCAGGCGUUGUGGGCAGCGGCGGACCGGGCACGGGCGCCCUCACUGCUGCCUCCUGCCCCUCACACACCAUCGAUGCCAUCCUGGGCCUCCGCUCACCGCUCAAAGUCUCCCUCCCACCACACCUGCACGGCCUCAACAACAACACCUCCACCAACAACAUGAACAUGGCGACCGCAGCCUCCCCGGCCAGGGGCGGCGGCGGUGGCGGCAGAGUGGGCGGCGGCAGAGACGAUGGCGGGGACACCGACGACUCCAGCACCGCCACUCCUCCAGAGGACGCUCGUGGAACUGGCGGCGGCGGCAGCGGCGGUGGCGGAGCUGGAGAUGGACGAGGCAGCGGCGGUGAUGGCGGGCUGGGCGGAGAGGGGACGCAGGACCUCGGCUCGGACGCGAAGAAGAAGCACCGCAGGAAUCGCACGACCUUCACCACCUACCAGCUACACGAACUGGAGCGAGCCUUCGAGAAGAGCCACUACCCAGACGUGUAUUCCAGGGAGGAGCUGGCACUCAAGGUCAACCUUCCUGAAGUCAGAGUACAGGUGUGGUUCCAGAACCGGCGUGCCAAGUGGCGGCGGCAGGAAAAGAUGGAACAGGCGCAGCUGCGGCUGCACGAGCAGUCUAUGGGGCUGCUGCACCGGCCGCCGGGACCCCCGGGCCCCCUAGACCACUUCUUCCCGCCGCUGCUGCCGGGCCUGCCUGGCCUGCAGGGCCUGCAGAGCACCAUGCCAUCCAUCCACGGCGGCCUCUCCAGCAUGGGCGGCUCCGUGCCCUCCCUCCCUGGUUUCCUCACCCACCCACACGCCGCAUACCCGUCCUACCUCACCCCGCCCACAUCAUCGGCUAUGGGCGUCGCUCCGCCGCCCCCACAGGCAAUAGCCGCCUCAACAGCACCUCCAACAUUCACCACGCCUCCGCUGCCAAUUUCUCCGCCGCUACCCCCGCCCCCUGCCGCCCAGGAGCGCUCGUCGUCACCCGGCAGCCCCGAGGAGGACCUGCGCUCCUCCUCCAUCGUCGCCCUCAGACUGCGGGCCAAGGAGCACCUCGAAAGUCUGGUCAAGACCUCAGCUCUUGUCUGAACCUUCCCUCGCCCUUGCUAUCAUUCUCUGACGCGCCGCCCCCGAGGAUUCGUGAGCCACUCCUUUCCCCGAGGCACUGCGUGGAGAGUCUCGGUCAAGACGCGGCUUGACCCAAGACUAGGUGGGCGUGCGGCAGCGGUGUGACACUGUGCCAAAUGUGAACGCUGCUGCCGCUGCGAACACUAGUGACUUGUGUUCACGUGAAUCAGAAGAAAAUAGGAGACAAAUUAAGGCCGGUCCGGCGAGCCUCGCAGGAAAAGACUCCAGUGAGAAGUAUCUCCUGGCGGGCCGUGAAGGACGAACACUGAGUCGGCGCCACAGUGCCGCGUCUGGCAGCGGGACCCCUCCGGUGGGACCCUGCUGCCCCUCCUGCUCGGCGCGUCACGAGUGUCACAGUGUCCCGCUGCACAGGACACAACAUUUUUCUCCGUGUGCUCCUGACUCCUUUUAUUUUAUUUCUUUAUUUCCGAUGACAAGGAAGAUGGAAAAGUACCGGAUUUCCUUCACUGUGACGCCCAGAAAGUGACGAGUGAAGCACAGACGAGCAAAACAAAACACACGUGCGAUCUAAAUGUCAUGUUCAAACUCACCGGUGCACAGUCCCGUCAAGUUGUCAGUUUCCCCUUCCUGAAAACUUUACUCUGCAGAUGAUAAUUAAUAGAUCAAAAUGUAUCUUUAUGUUAAAUGUAUAUAUGGAGAAAUAAGAUGUGUAUAUACCAUUACAGAGAAAACAGAAACGUCCUCCUCUUUUGUCGUCUUCUUCUUUUUAUGGUUUCUUUUUUACCUGUCAUGUUUUUGUAAGUGAAAAUUCUCUCUCUCUCUCUCUCUCUCUCUCUCUCUCUCUCUCUCUCUCUCUCUCUCUCUCUCUCUCUCUUUUACGCGUAAGAAACCUGUAGUGGUUUUUAUAGAUAUUUAUAUGAAAUAUAAAAAAACAGGGUAUGUUGUGCAUGGGCCCCGUACACCUCUCUCUCUCUCUCUCUCUCUCUCUCUCUCUCUCUCUCUCUCUCUCUCUCUCUCUCUCUCUCUCUCUGGCACAAUAGCACAUAAUGACUAUACAUUCACCAUUUCUGUUUGCUCAGGUGGCUUAACAAGACUCAUUAGCAGGUGAACAAGCCCUUACCUGGGGGAGGGAGGGAAGGUAAGGUAAGGGGCAGGUAAGGAGGAGGAGAGAGUUGCAGGUGUUAAAAGUAGCAUCAAAUAGACGUGUAUAAGACGAGAUGAACCCCUGGAGGCGGUAAAAGAGAAGUCAAUAGUUGGUUAACAAGGUGUUGUGAAUGUGUAUUGGAGGGUGUAAAAGUGUGGCAGGGUGUGGCAGGGGUGUAGAGGGGCCCAGUGUAGCAGUGUACAGUGUAAAGGCUUCUUAAGGUUUACGGUGUCCGCCCUGAGUCGCUCUGUGCCCAUCGUCUCCGUAUUACUACUACUAGCUUUUCGAAUAAUAAAAAUCAAUGUAGUUUAUUUCA